CUUCCCUUCACCCCCAAGAUGGCGUGUACCGCUGACAGCGACCCCAACAUGGCGGGCGGCGCAGACCCGGAGCCGGAGCCGGGGCGCGUAGUGGAGGCGCUGGAGUUGCUGCUGCGGCCGUCCAGUGACCGGGACAGCGCUGCCGAGGCUGCCCAGGAGCCCACCCUGUGCUCGGAGACGCUGCGCAAGAACGCGGCGGCGCUGGAGGAGCGGCUGUCGCGGGCGGCGGGCUGGGCCUCGCUGAGUUCCCUACGGGCGGCCGUGCUGUCCUGCAACCCCGCGCUGGCGGCUGGGGCGGCGGGCGCGGAGCCGGGCUGGGCGGCGGCCUGCGGGUUGCUGGUACUGCUGCUGUGCCUCAAGGAGCGCUUGGCCGCGCUCGCCGCCGCCCCUGCCGCCGCCGCAGCCCCCGGCGCGCCGCCUCCGCCCGCCGCCGACACGCUGAGCGCGGGGCAGACGCGGGCGGUGCAGCGGGCGCUGCGGGCCGCCGUGGGGCUGGGGCUGCUGCCGCAUCUGCCGCCGGGGCUCGGGCCGUGCCCCGGGCCACCCUCGCCACCUCCCGGCCCCCGCGGGGCCCGCCUGCUCGCUGCCACCGCCGCCCUGGCCGAGCUGGCCCGGCUGCCCGCGCUGGGCGCCCCGCUGCUGGCCCGCCACCUCCGCCUGCUGCUCGCCGGGCUCUGCGUGCUGGGACACGGCCCCGCCGCCCUCUGCCAGGGCAUUUCGGAAGCGGAGCGGGCGCGGUGCCGGGAAGCCCUGCAGGACAUCCUGGACCGUGUUUACCAGCCACUGGCAGUGCAGGAGCUGCUCGUCCUGCAAGGUCCGCCCAAGCAGAGUGCUCCAUGUCCCCAGGCAGGCCUGGGGCCAGCUCCAGCCUGGCUGCGGCGGCUCUGUGGGCGCCUGCUCUCUGAGAGGCUGCUCAGGCCCAACGGGGUGCAGGCUGUGGUUCGGGGUGUCUUGGAGGGCACAGGAGGUGGUGCUGGCGCUGAAGCAGCAGCUCUAGACUGGAGGAAAUGUGACGCAGUUGCAAAGAUCCUGGCUUCCUGCCCACAGCAGUGCCUCUCCCUUGAGGACUACUACAGACAGGUGUGCCCCCAGAUUCUGGACUUGCUGCACAUCCAGGACAAAGUGGCAGCACGGCAGUUCCAGCGUGUGGCCACCACCACGGUGCUCACCAUGGCCAGGGAGCACCCACAGCUGGCAGAGAGGCACCUGCUCCAGCCACUGCUGUCCCCGCUCCUGCGGUGCUCUGAGGCAGCAGAGCUGGCAGUGGAGGAUUUGGCAGCAGGGACCAUGCUGGUGCCAGAGGCAGAGCUGGGUAGCUGCGUGGAAGAUGUGCUCAAGGUGUAUGUGGUUGGGAAUGACAGCUCGAGCCUGCUGCUGGGAUCCUUACAGUCAGUCCUGGGAGUGGUUUUUUCCCUCUAUUCCUUCGCCAAGCAGAAUGUGUCAUACUUACGCUCCCUGUGCCAGGAGAUCCUGCUGUGGUUCCUGGAGAAGGCGGAGCGGGAGCGGUCGCUGGCUGUGCUGGAAGGCCUGGCCGGGCUGGGCAGCACCGUGCCCACCCUCCACCCGCGGUGCCGGGUCUGUGCAGGCAGCGAGGGCGGUGCUGCCAUCGCAGUGGAGGACACCAUCAGUGAUGAAGACGAGGCCCUGUACCAGAAGAUCUCCUCAGAGCAGUGCCAUGUGCAGAGCUUGGUGGAGCUUCUGUCCCACUGCCAGAAGAGUGGGCUGACCGGAGACUUCUUCAUCCACUGCCUGAAGGAGCUGACUCAGGUGGCUGCAGAGGACGAGGUGGCUCCAAACCCGACUGUGGAGCCUGGAGGGAAUUUGCUGGAGCUGGAGCAGGAUCAGACCAGGCAGGAGAGGAAGCUGCUGGUCCUGCAGCUCGUGGCUGCGCUGUGCGAGAGCGUCUCGGACACCGUGUUCACUGACAUUGUGCAGGUGCAGGAGUUCGUGGCAGCCGUGCUGCAGCGGGCCUGUGUCAGCCCAGCGCGGGGCCCCGGCGCGGCGGCCGAGGCACAGACCCUUGCUAUGGCCAUGGGGCUCGUGGCUGCCCUGCUUGGAGGGGCUGUCCAGCUCCAAUCCAGCGACUUCUCUGUGCUGAAGCGGCUGGUGCCGCUGCUGGAGGAGCUGUCCCACACCUACCCCGAGCCCCUCACCCAGGAGUUGGCCUUGGACCUGCGCAUCGCCAUCUGCACCCACGGGGCCUGUGCCCCCGGCGCAGUGGGCGCCGCUGCUGACAGUGUGCUGGGGAGGAAGCCUGGGAUGGGAGUGCAAAGCCCUGCUGGCAUUCCCAGUGGAGCCCCCAGCCCAGGGGGCAGCCGGGCCCCGCUGCAGCACAGACACAGCAGCCCCUCGGCUCGUGGAGAGAAGAGCACAGAGCAGAGCACAGGCCACGAGCCCAGUGCCACCGAUCCCACUCCAGCCCCGUGUGCCAAGAGCCCGGCCCCAGCUGGGCUCCAGGAGCUGCUGGUGUCAGCCUACGAUCCCCAGCCCCCCGCCCGCGCUGCUGCCCUGCGCCACCUCGCCAGCCUGGUCACCCAGCGGGAUCCAGAGGCACUUCGGCUUCAGGAGAAGUUGCUGCAGGUGUUCCUGGAGAAUGUGCAGCAUGAGGAUGCCUUUGUCUACCUCUCAGCCAUCCAAGGUGUUGCCCUGCUCUCCAGUGAGUACCCAGAGCGGAUCCUGCCCAUCCUGCUGGCACGUUAUGAAUGCCCAGGGCAGGGCACCGAGGACGCCGUGGCCACUGUCACCAGGAUGAAGCUGGGCGAGGUGCUGAUGCGCGUCACCCGGGCGCUGGGGGACAUGGUGUUCCAGCACCGGGAGCCGCUGAUCCGGGCCUUCCUGCGGGGUGCCCGGGACCCUGACGGAGCACUGCGGGCCAGCAGCCUCUCCAACCUGGGCGAGCUCUGCCAGCACCUUGGCUUUCAGCUGGGAUCCAUUGUCCAGGAGGUCACCUGCUGUGUGACGGCCAUAGCCCAGACGGACCCUAAGGCCGAGGUGCGAAGAGCUGCCGUGCACGUGGUGGUUCUGCUGCUGCGGGGGCUGAGCGAGAAGGUCACCGAGGUGCUGCGGGACGUGCUGCUGGACCUGUACCGCCUGCUGAAGCACGUGGUGACGGCUGAGCGCGACGGCGCCACAGUGCUGCACGCACAGCUGGCACUGGAGGAGUUGGACACCGUCAUGAGGAGGGUCCUGUUCCCCCCACAGACGCUGGAGAAGAAGAUUGUUGUGCUGCCGUAGCAGGGCUGAGCCUGUGGAAAUGAACUGUUCUGCUCUGACAUCAGGGCCAAUGGCUCCCAGAACGGAAGGACUCGCUGUGCCCCCGGGAUGCUGCCGGCAGGUGCCGGAUGGGGUGGGGAACCUCGCUGGGACGAGGUGUGGGAUUAAACAGAGACACACUCA